GAAUUAGUACUAGUUGUUUAGCACUUAGUGCUUUAUGUUCUCCUACAGGAGUAGUAGCAUCUGUUACCUGCAUUGGAACUGAUAUAGUAAUGAGAGUAUUUGGUCAAAUGACAGAUGAUGAAGAGUUAGAAAAAGCAGAAGAAGUUCUCAAAGUUGGGGGAGCAAUAGAAAGGAUUGGAUAA